AUGCGUUUGCCACGGACGUGCACCUCCGUCCUGUUCCAAUCGGUGCUGCUGCUGCUGGUGUUCCAAUGCCCACCGGGGAUAUUGGCUGUCACAUCCAGCAGUAAGCUACUCGUACGCGCAACGGUCGAAGCAAUUCACCAACACUACACUACGAUCACCAGUAAGCAGCUGUACCUGCGCUGGGAGGGUGCAUCGGAAUUGAUCGAUGAAUUGCUAAAACGAGUCUCCACUCAUCUGACGGUUCUAGUUGAAUCGAACCCGAAGCAACCGGUAGAUCAGCUGCCAACCGUUCCCGAACUACACCAACAGAUGCGUGUAUUGAACCUGCUGAUAGUAGCCGAUUACCAAGGUUUCAGGCGUGUUGUGGACGGGUUUAGUGAUGAGGUAUACGACUUUUCAGGCCUCUACACGGUGGUGGUAGCAAAGCGAAGCGAACGCGAUCUCGAGAUUGCCGGGGCAAUUCUUCGCACACUUUGGACGCUAUACAUCGUGAAUGCGGUCGUGUUGAUAGAACCGACGGAUCACACCGCCACCAACGGGGUGCGGCUCUACACGUACUUCCCGUACGGUGAGGGUUACUGUGAACGUGCCCUGCCGGUCAUAUGGAAUGUGUAUGAGCCGAGCAUUGGGUUUAUCCACCGUGACCGCGUCCUGUUUCCACGCAAAUUGAGCAACUUCUACAACUGCCCGCUAGUGGUAGCAACAUUCCCGGUGUUUCCCUUCAUCAUCCCGGCCCCGGAUGGUGGUAACAAUGAGCUGGGGGGUAUUGAAGGUUUGUUGCUACGCACUCUAAUGCAGCGUUUAAAUUUUCAACUGCAGGUCAUUAUCGUUGAACCGCCCGACUGGGGAACGGCUGGCCCACGAGAUCAAUCAACUGGUGCUUCAGCUUACGUAAGUCGACACAAAAAAACGAGCGAAAGUACACACUUCAACUUGCUGAUAUGCAAUGUUAUCCAUGUUACCCUCCAAAUUCUAGAUUCGACAUCUUCGAGCGAACCUAACCAUCGGUUAUUGGGCGACUACAUUGCACCGUAA